AUGCAAUCCAGCGAAGUGAACCUGGCCUGCGCUUUGCUGCAGGACGCCUUUGGCCCUUAUGUAGCCGCUGUGGGGCGGCAGCUGCUGCUGUGUCGCAGCCUCACCUUCUUAGAGCUGAGGGAUUUGCUGCUGUCCAGCAACAGCGCAGCCACAGGAGGCCCCAGGACAUCGGCUGCUGCUGCGAAGUCCGCAGCAGCAGCAGCACAUCUUCAGCAGGGGAGAGAUGAAGAAUACUGCAAACUCAGAAACGCACUCCUCGUUCUGCUGCAGCAUAAUCUGCUGCACUGUACGCCCAUAACCCCAAUAGGCGGUGCUGCUGGGCCUGCAGCAGCAACAGCAGCAACAGGAGCAGCAGCAGCAGCAUCUGCGCACGUCGACGCAGCAGCGUCGCACCGGCAGCAGGAGGCGUCUCGCCGUGGGCCAGCUGGGAGCAGCAACAGCGCCAGCAACAGCGCCAGCAGCAGUAGCAGCAGCAACAGUGCUGUUGCUCCCCAGCCGCACGGCGGUGUGCGCUACAGCCUCAACGUGCAUGCAGCCCUAGCGCUGCUACGGUUCCCAGCUUUUGCUGCUAUCACUGAAGAGCUGCUGGGCAGCAACGCGCGGCUGCUGCUGCUACAGGUCUUUAAGGCAGGCCGUGUGUGUAUGCAAGACGCCGUCGCCCUAGCCCUAGCUGAUCCAUAUGCAAACCAGGAUGAGGAAGUUGCUGCAGCAUCGCAGCAGCAGAGCCGGCAGCGGCAGCAGGAGCUGCAGCGCUGCUUCUUGGAGCUGGUCUCGAACGCAUUCCUUAUUCAGUGCGAGCACCCCAUACCGUCGGUGCAGCAGCAGGAGCAGCAGCAAGGCCAGCAGCAGCACCAGCAGCUGCCUACUGGGCGCAAACGCAAAGCAGAGCCAAAGGCAGCUAUGAGAAGACUGCCCUCAAAGACAGCUGACGUCCCGGCGUACACCGCUGAAGACUCAGAUGGCGAAGAGGGAGAAGAAAGCGGAGGCCUCCCCGGAUUUCUCUUGAUGAUGCUGGAUGAGGGAGACCCUGCAGCGAAGGCGCGGAAGACGAGCCCGCAAGGCGGAGUUAGCAGCGGCAGCAGCAGCACAAGACACGCGCAGAAGCAGCAGCAGCUGAUGGACAGUCUGGUGUCUCGGCUGCAGCAGCAGCGAGUGCCCUUUCAAGUGAACAUCCCCCUUAUAUCGCUGCUGCUCUGCAAAAAGGCAGUGAAGCAGUUUGUAGUGGCGCGCGUUGGAGACACUCGGCUGGUCCAGGCGACGACAGCAGCUCUGCUGCAGGCCGUUCGGCUGAAGCCGCAUCAGCAGCAGCAGUGGGCAGCAGACGAGCCACAGAACAAUGCACGACUGGACGUACACUGCAAGUGGCUGACGUUCGACGCACUGGAGGCAGGGGUGAAUGCACAACUGCAGCAGCAGCAGCAGCAGCAGCAGGCGUCUCGGGUGUCUGUACAGAAGUCGCAGCUCAUUCGGCUCCUUGAUGGCCUGACAAAGCAUCCAGACCAUGGACAGGCAGCGUAUAGGCUGGAUUGGCAGCAGAUAAAGGCCCUCAUGCAGCGGCGCAUCUUAAGCGAGGCCGUGUUGGCGCGCUGCGGCCCCAAGGCUGCGCGUGUUUGGAGGCGGCUAACGAGUGCAGGAGACUGUCCUGGGGCUUCUUCUGUGUUUUUUGAUGAACAGAUGAUUGCGGACGGCUGUUUGCUGCCGCCAAGCGGUGCUCGUCAGGCCAUGUAUUCUCUCGCGCUAGCUGGGUUCGCGCGUUUCCAUGAGUCGUGCCUAGCGGACUCAGAGCUGCAGCAACAAAGACUACGAGAGGCAGCAGAAGAUAUUUUAGAGGCAAAUGUUCUCAAACUAGCGGAACCCCUCGCCAUCCUCAUGGACAUCUAA